AUGGUUUUAUUGCGGAUUUUGCGGUGGCUUUUGCGUCCCGUCUCGAGGCUCCUGUACGCGCUGUUUGCUCUGGUGUGGCCGCGACGCGGAGCUGAGAGAGAGGAGCCGCUCACACAGCGGGGUAACAACAUCCACCUCACACAGCGGGGCAACACCAUCCACCUCACACAGCGGGGCAACACCAUCCACCUCACACAGAGGAGUCAGUCCCAGGCAGUGACAAAAGAGUUUAAUGAGCUUACUGAGCUGCAGAUGGCCAGAGCUCAACUAGAAACCAAAACAGAAGAGAAGAUGAAGAUUGAGGACCAAUUGAAAAAUUCAGAAAACAUUGUGGCAGCACUGCAAGAGAAAGUUAAGCAGCUUCAGGACAUGCUGAAAAUGAACAAAGAGAUCCCCCAUAAGGAAUCUGAUCCAUCAAAAGAAGAAAAUGGCACUCCAGCACAAUUUUGGUUAACUCCUCCCUCUCCUCCCUCUCCUCCCCCACCACCACCAACUCCUCCUCCAUCACAAACUUGUUCUCCACCACAAACUUGUCCUCCACCACCAACUCCUCCACCAUCAACCUGUCCUUCACCACUAACUCCUCUGCCACCACCAACUCCUCCACCACCAACUCCUCCAGCAUCAACUUGUCCUUCACCACCAACUCCUCUGCCACCACCAACUCCUUCUCCACCACCAACUCCUCCACCACGAACAUGUCCUCCACCACCAACUCCUCCAGCAUCAACUUGUCCUUCACCACCAACUCCUCUGCCACCACCAACUCCUUCUCCACCACCAACUCCUCCAGCAUCAACUUGUCCUUCACCACCAACUCCCCUGCCAACACCAACUCCUUCUCCACGACCAACUCCUCCAGCAUCAACUUGUCCUUCACCACCAACUCCCCUGCCACCACCAACUCCUUUUCCACGACCAACUCCUCCAGCAUCAACUUGUCCUUCACCACCAACUCCUCUGCCACCACCAACUUCUUCUCCACGACCAACUCCUCCAGCAUCAACUUGUCCUUCAUCACCAACUCAUUCUCCACCACCAACUCAUUCUCCACCAUUAACUCCUCCUCCAUCUCCAACUUGUCCUUCACCACUAACUACUCCACCACUACCAACUUCUCCUUCAACACCAACUCGUCCACCACUACCACCUCGUCCAUCACUCCAACCUCGUCCAACACCACUAUCAUCUUCUCCACCAGUGCUCUCUACAAGUUCUACUGACCCAAUGGACGCUUUGAGGAUCAGAAAGAAGCCUGGAAACAAUACCAGUCACUUGAAGAAACCUGAAGUGUAUGUAGAUGUGAAAGCCAAUGCAAUGGAUGAAAUAAUGGAGAGAAUUAAGAAAGGGGUUGUACUUAAGCCAACCCAGAAAACUCCACAGACUAGCUUGGAUGAAGAUUCACUGGAGGAUCAAAAAGCUGAGAAGAGGAAAGCUGCUGUUCGUGAAUGGCAGUUAUUAUCGGAAAAUAUAAAAAAACCAGGACUCAGAAGGACGCAAUCCAUGAACAUUAAGCAUGAUGUAGAGGAGCCUGAGCUUCAGAAAGUCUUUCGAAGAAGAAGGCAGGCACUUCUGCAUGCUAAAGAAUCCCCACCUACUGAAGCCCCCGGAGAUCAAGAGGUUAUCAUAUCCUACAUCCACAGCCACAAGCUCCUCGAAUUGACCCUGUGA